ACAGUGGAUGAUCAGGAGGUUUUGUAUGUAAAUCUCAAGAAGAAGACACCGACACCCCUGCCACUGGCGGUACCGUCACCAAAACUGUCCACCUUCCAGCGAAAGGAGUUUGUUCCCAUUGGCAUGUACGAGAUGGAGCCAACGUACUACAACACGCGAGACGAGGUCGAGGCCGACAGCGGCGUGGUCGGCGGUGGUGUUCCGGUAUCCGACUUCCCGCGGUAUAUCCGGGAAAUCGAGGCCGACAAGGCGCGAUUGAAGAAUGAAUACUCGCAAUACCCGCACGGGCUGAAGUACCCUCACGAAGCUGGAAAGCGCCCGAGAAAUAAGUUCAAGAACAGAUUUGCUCAAAUGUUUCCAUACGACCACAGUCGUGUCGUGCUAGAUGAAAACCCCUCUGACCCGGAUUCUGACUACGUCAACGCGAACUUUAUUGACAGUGUUGACUAUCCGAAUUGCUACAUAGCCACACAAGGUCCCAACAAGAUCACUUUGGUGGAUUUCUGGCGCAUGAUCUGGCAGAACAAAUCCGGGAAAAUAAUCAUGCUUUCAAACCUAGUGGAAGAGGGAAAGAACAAGUGCGAGCGCUACUGGCCCAGUGAGAGACAGCCGUUGGAUUUCGGUGACCUCCAGGUGGCGCUUAACUCGAGCCAAGAGUACCCUUUCUACACCCUUAGGGUCCUUACACUGUCCAGUAAACUGCAACCGGACGAUAUCCGGACCAUCAAGCAGUUCCACUUCACCGCGUGGCCAGACCACGGCGUCCCGGACACGUUCGAGAUCGUCUCUUUCUACAAGUGCAUUCUCCGGGUACCCAUCUCCCUACCGGGACCAAUUGUUGUACACUGCAGCGCGGGCGUGGGUCGUACCGGUACAUUCAUAGCUCUCGACGCGUUGUACCACUACGGGAAACGUGCCGGAACUAUUAACAUCCCUCACUACGUCAACAAGAUACGACAGCAACGUAUGAAUAUGAUACAGACGCUGGAACAGUAUCGUCUGCUGCACUAUGCCCUACAGGAGGCGCUUGGUUUCGGCGACACAACACUAUCUCGGACUAUUUUCCAUUCGGAAUGCCUCAGACACAUCGAACUGUAUAACCUCGGGCAACCAAACAGGAUAUCGGAAGAAUUCCAGAAAUUCGAGGAGCUGAAGCCGAAGCUCGGAAACGAGAACUUCCUGGCGGCGCUCCGGAAGGAGAACGUGGAGAAGAACCGCAGCCUGAACGUGCUGGCAGCCGACAAGUUCAGACCCUAUCUCUCCACUUACAUCGCCGACACCACCGACUACAUCAACGCAGUCAUGAUACCGUCCCGCAGCAACAAGCACGGGUACAUCGUGACGCAACUUCCCAUGAAGCAGACGAUAGCGGACUUCUGGCGCCUAGUGUAUGACCACGCCUCCAACGUCAUCGUUAGUCUGAACGCCCUGGACGAAGACCAGGAGGACGCAUGCGCGUGGUGGCCCUCUAACGGAGAUUCCAUCACGUUUGGACCCCUCGUAGUGGAAACCUUGGCCCUUGAAACGCCCUGUGCGGAGGUUACCGAGCGCACUUUCAGGAUCCUUAGAAAGGGAAUCAAGGACUCGAAACUGAUCUACAUGAUCACGUACAACGAAUGGCACGCGGGCCGCAACCUUCCGGUCUCCCUCGAGUCAUUCCUCGUGCUGCUCGGGCGUGCAAACCUAUACCGGAAGUCGUUUCCUGAAUCGCCUAUAACCGUCCUCUGUCUGGACGGCGUGACUUGCAGCGGCGUGUUCGUCGCAACUAACAACGCGCUGGACCAGGUGAACACCGACCAGGAGGUGGACCUCUUCAACGCGGUCCGGCAGAUACACAUGAGGAGGCCGCAGUUCAUCAGGAACAAGGACCAAUAUCUGUUUGUUUAUCAGUGUGUCAACAAACACAUUCAAUACUCAAUGGGCGGAUCGACCAACGAUGUUUUGUAUGGAAAUGUCCACAGAUAACAUCUGACGUUGCGAUAAGCAAUAAUUCGCCAUGGAUAGAGAAAGACGUCAUAAAGUCCAUAACGUCAAAAUGUUAUGCGCUAGUUCGGUACAGAAGGCAUUUGGUUAAUCGUAAUUUAAAUUAUGAGUGGAAAAGACACGUUGUAAGGUUCACAAAGCAUGCAAACUUAUGACAGACAAAGAACGUGAGGUUAUGAAACGUAAUGACGCCCGGUUUGUAUGUGACGUCAUCGACAUAACAUGAAGUCCCUGUUGUAAAUCAAGAAUCUGAACAGAUUAUUGAGAACAUUUCUAAAUAAACAUAUCUCACAGUUACUAGGACAUGAGGUGUUGAUUUGUUUGUUGCCGUUUUAGUAUUUAAUUUUAAAUGACGCAUAAUUUUCUUUAAAUUAAAGACUUUCUUUUCAUUCUUUGAAAUUGACUUGCUGAUUUAUUGAUUUUAGUCAUAUUUUUCUAAGUCAUACCAUACUCAUCAGUGUUUUCAGUAUUUUUAAAUUGUGUUUAUGUUCUUUUGUUAUUUUUAUUGUGCAGUUUUGUAUAUAGAUAUUCUAAUUUGACUAUUUGUGAAAACGU